AUGACACGACAUCGUCGUCUUCUUCCACAUGAAUCGCACAGCACGAGCCGAUGCAAUUGUAAGCUAAUCAUGAGCGCUUUUACCUCAGCUAUUAAGCUUGUUCCCCGCAAGUGUCGCUUAUUUCGAGCCCUAUCCCUGAAUUCUCCGGCAAGACCUGAAGAGGAUUUUCAUAAUCCAAGAAUCGGCAAAUUCUUAGAAGAUACAAGAAUGGAUGUUGAUAGACAGACCGAUCUUUUAGAGGCUCGAAUGCAUGAUAAUUGGAGUUUUGGCAGCAAUUACAAUAUCUGCAGCCAAUCUAGAAAGAUAUCCAUUGGAGUCCUGGUUGAUUCCAUAUCCAUGAUGGAACCAAAAGAUAUCAAGGAAACAGUGAUCCGUAUUGCACAAAAUGGAUCUUCUAGCAAAGAGAAUUGUUUCAAAGAUGGCAAACAACAUACCUCACCUGUGCAGAAACAUUGGACAGCCGCACCAGACACCUCCCCUUGGGUUUCCACCAGAUCGUGCAAUCAGAAAAUGUUUUCUGCAGCUGCAGUGCACGAUGCCGAGCAUACUCCAAGUUUCCUGGUCACUAGCAGAUCACGUCCCAGGUCGAAGUUAUUAGAGAAAGCGUCUGCUGCCCAUUCUGUCAAAUUUUUUGCUGGCCAGACUGGCUUGGAAUCUGAUCUAUGCAGUGGAAAGAAUCUUGGUGCCGAGAUACAUUCUGUUGAGAUCGGCAAUAGUAAUGCAGAGCACCUGGGCAAUACUGUUGACUCAAUUGAACCAAAAGUUCUUCAGGAAGAAGUACCUGCAGAGGAUAAAACUAGGAACACAGAAACUGCGGGCCGCGAAACAUUGAGAAUGAAGCUGUGGGAGGUCUUAGAAAAUGUUUCUUCACCCAACAGGCAUUGUUCUGACUCUCAGCCCAUCAAGUUUCAUCCAGAUCAGAGGGAUGGAAAGCAGAGUCAUAUUGAAAAGAAAAACCCAAAUUCAGAUACAAUUGAAAGCGAUUCUGACACUCAUAAUUUCCGGAGACCGGUUACUCGUUCAUUGAAUAGGAUUAGAGCUUCCACUAAAAACCGGCCCUCCAAAGUUGUUGCUCCAAAAUCUUCUAAACACAAGAAAGAACGUCCAGAGAAGAGAAUUCUCCCGCAGAAAGAAGAUCGUUCUGGAAUAUUUUCUGAUAAUUUCAAUGAUUGUUCAUUGCCUUGCAAGAGGAAAAAAACUGGGAGACUAAUUCGUGGAGGCGAGACACAUCAGGUUCAUAAGCAUGGAAAAGUAGAGGAGAGACAGAAAUCUCAAGAUAAAAGUAGAUCAGUACCAGCUGUAGAGAAAUUAGCGGUGCAUGAAGUUAUCAGUGCUGACAGAUCCGGUCACAGGAUAAGUGAUGUAUUUGUUGAGCCAAAAAGCAGUAUCAAGAAAAAAAUAUCUGAGCCUCCACUCAAUAUGAUGAAUGAGAAGCUCGAGGAUGUUGAGCAGCCAAUUGAUGAUGUUACAGUUUCAAAGUUGAAGGAUCAACAGGGAGACAAGCAUCACGUUUUCUUGGGGAGCAAGAUGAAUUCUGUACAUAAUCCUCUGACCUCUACAUUUGAGAUUAAGUCGCAUGGCUGUUUACCAGAAAGAAAUGCGGCAAAAAUUCAGAAGUCUGAUGAAAAAGUAUUUAACAUGAAAGGAGUCGGGAGUUUCAGAAGUCUAAUGAGCUCAAUACAAGCUGAACCAAAUAUGCAACUGAAAUCAUCUGAUGAAGGAUGCAAGUUAAUGUAUAGCGGCCUCAUGAAACCAAGCUUUAUCAUCCAAGAUGAUGAAGACGGGAGAUCCAUAUCAUCUACUGAAGUAACUGAUUCUGAGGGCUCUGUAAAUGAUUCACUCAUGAAAGGUUGUCAGGAGUCAAAACAAUUAUCUCUUGAAAUUUAUAUUCAUGACGACUUUCAACAUGGUUCUGAUAAAUGUGCAGGGCACAAAAAAGAUGUUGAGGGGACUGAUUGUACCCCCGUGGCAGAGUCUUUAAAAGGGAUUCAAGACACUAGCAAGCUUCAAAUGAAUGUGAAACAGAAUCAUGAGGAUGGCCUCGGCAGAGCUGUAGAGUUAUUUACUGUGGCGUUAGCUCGUGUUAAAACUAAGAUAAAGUCAGUGAGUAACAAAAGGUCGUCUGAAAUUCUGGGAGCUGCGGCUGAGAAUAUAUUAGUGCUGUUGCAGGAUGCUGAAUCUCAUAUCAAAACAGACAUGGGAAAGGUGAACAAUCUUACUGAACAAAAAAGGAAAAGGCUGGAAACUAGAUUUCAAGCACUUGCUCUAAACGUGAGUUUGGCCAAACUUUGCUAUUCUUUUUGCUGCCGGACUGUGUCUUGGCUUUAUGUGUUUGCUGAAAAAAGAGUGUCAGCCCAGAGAGUGCAACAGAGAGCUUUUAAUGGAAGAGAUACAGCUCCAACCAUGACUUGGGCCUUACCAGAAUUUAUCAAGGCUGCUUGGAUAAUCCUUUUAUUUCUCUCAACUAGCACUAAUAGAGUUGAAGGUUAUUCAGUGACUCCAUUUGAGCAACAGGAUCAGUUACUCGGAAUAUAUAAAAAAUUUGCAGAAGAGGUUGACCGGCACCUCCAGGAUUAUGGUGGCAUGAUUGAAGAUCUAGAAGAGCAUGAGAUCGAGCUCAAAAGAUAUGUGGAAAGACAAAGAGCAGCCCACCGCAAAGCUCUCCUGCAAGUGGAGCAAGGAAUUAAGAUUCAACUUGAUGAUGCAGAAAGCAGGAUCAUGGAUGUACAAGAAUUGGCUAAGGAGAGGAUGCUUCAAUUGAAACUUGUGGUAAACGAGUUUACUUUCUGCUGA